GGGUAUCGUCUCGUGCGCCUCCAAUCGCAGCUUUCUGUAGCCAUGGACAGAUUCGCGCUGAUUCCGUGAAGAGAAUGCAGGGAUGUUCGAUGUGGAGAAAGUGCUGCAAAAGGAGUUCAAGGCCUGGCGUCGCUCGCCCCAGCGGGCCACGGCCGCGCUGCGGCGCUGGGCGCCGCAGCUCGGCGCUGCGCGGCUGGUGCAGCUGCUGGGGGCCAUGAAGCAGACCUCGCUGGAGACCAAUGUCUAUCAUUUUGGUGCAGCCAUCAGUGCCUGCGCAUCUUGGUUGACUGCGCUUGAGCUCCUGAAGUUCAUGAAGCUCCAGCAAGUGCAGCCGAACGUGGUGGUCUAUGGUGGAGCCAUUGGUCUGUGUGACUGGCCCAUGGCGCUGCACUUGCUGGAUCAGAUGCACCAGGAUCAGGCGUUCUUCACGACCGACCGCUGGUCCCAUCCCCCGUCGUUCGUGGAGGUCGCGCCGAACGUCGUGGUCUAUAAUGCCGCGAUCAAGGCUGCUGACUGGAUGCAUGCCUGCGCCUUGCUGGAGCAGAUGCAUCAGGAGCUUGUGCAGCCUGACGUGGUGACUUACAACUCACUGCUCCGCAGUUGCAAUGGCCAGUGGAGCUUGAAGCUCCUGCAGCAGAUGAAGAGGAAGAAACUGUGGCCAGAUCUGGUCUCCUACAACACCGCCAUGGAUGUCCUUCAGAAAUCCAGCAGCUGGAGAGAAGCGCUCGAGAUGUGGCGGACCAUGCCGCCCUCGCCAGAUGUGGUCACCAUGAACACGGCCAUGCUGGCCUUGGUGAAAGGCAGCCGUUGGCCAGAUGCGUUGGUAGUGCUGCGUUCGAUGCCAGAGAAGCAUUUAUCACCUUCGUUUAUCAGCUAUAACAUCGCCAUCAAGGCCUGUGAGGAAGGUGGCCGUUGGGAUGUGGCCAGUGAACUCUUGAGCUCUAUGGCGCGGAGGAGACUGAAAGUGACCCGCAUCUCCUACAACAGCUUCCUGAGCGUCCUACAGAAAUGUGGACAGUGGCAGUUGGCCUUAGAAAUCUUGGGCUCAGUCCCUGGUGGGCCGGACACCGUGAGCUUCAAUGCGGUGAUGAGCGCUUGUGAGCGCGUGGGCCAAUGGCGCUUCACUCUGCAGCUGCUCCGGCAAAUGCAGCAAGACCAAGCACCUCCCGACGAGGUCAGCUAUAGCGCUGCCAUCAGCGCUUGCGACAAGGUGGGGCAAUGGGAAGUGGCACUGCACCUUCUCAGCUCGAUGGCUCUGGCCCGAGUGGCCAUCGACCUCAUUGCCUGCAAUUCGGCCAUGGCGGCUUGUUCGAGGGCAGGCGAGUGGCCUCAUGCCUUGCAGUUGUUGCGUUGCAUGGCUGACUUCCUGAUAGAAGCAGAUGCCGCAAGCUACAAUGCGGUUGCUUGCGAAUGUCGUGCGUGGCCGCUGGUCGUGGCAAUCGUGGCCGAGAUGCUGGACGAGGCGGUGCGGCCCAACAGCAUCACGGUGACCACGGCCAUGGCAUCGAUCGAAGCCGCCGAAGCGUGGUCCGUCGCCUUGGAGCUGAUUCGCCUGGGGGCGGUUCGGAGCUCGGCAGAUGCCAUGGACUUGGCAGUGGUGGCUUGUUGUCAAGCCGGCGCUUGGCCCGAAGCCUUAAGACUUCUGGAUGCCACGCCGAGCAGCGCAGGCAGCGCGCAGAGCGGGAGUUCACCUGGUCUGAGUGCACUGCUGAUGGUUUGUGAGCAAGAACACUUGAAGGAACUGCAAGCCAGCCUUCUCACAAGAGCCGCCAGCGCAAUGGUGGACGGGACGGCCCUCGCGAGGGUCGUGCAGGCGGAGCCGAACCUGCUUGGAAGCCGUGUUGGUCGAGGUCCAACUGAGCUGCGGGAGCAGCUGCUGCCGACACUCUUGAGAACCGAAGACUUCACGAGGACCAAGCUCUACAGCAAAGAGUUACUUCUACUCCGCUCUGUGCUGGUGGCGGAUCCCUCGCCUGCUAGCGCUUUGGAGGCGAUGGACUCUUUGGGCCGGAGCCUGGGCGAAGCUGGCGUUUGGGCCAAGUUCGCCGGAGGUGCCAAGAGUUCAACGUUGUGUGCCGCCGCCGCAGGGAUUUGUGGCCGCGAGCCUCUGGUGCUGGAGAUUGGAACUUAUUGUGGAUACUCGGCGAUCUCCCUAGCUGCCCUGGGAGCGCAGGUCGUCACCGUGGAAAUGGAUCCGUUUCUUGUGGGCAUUGCUCGAUGUGUGCUUGCGCAUGUUGGUCUUUCAUCGAGGGUGAGUGUUUUCACCGGCCACAGCAAGCUGCUACUCCCUCGCCUUCGCCGGAUCAGCGGUGCCAACGGCUACAAGUUGAUUUUUAUGGACCGCUGGGGUGCGCAGUACCCCGAAGACCUGAUGCUGAUUGAAGAACUGGGCCUUUUGAGCUUGGGUGGUGUGCUGGUCGCUGACAACGUGUUGCGAACCGUCGCGGCCGAGUUCCUCUGGCGGGUCUGCAAGCAGGACCCCGGCAAGUAUGAGACCAUGAUCCUGCCUGUGACCGAAGUGAGCGAGGCUUCCGAUGAGGAUUGGAUGUCCGUCAGCGUUCACACUGCGGCGGCCGGUCCGGGUCAAAGCCCAACAGUGAUCGCCGGCGAGAGUGAUCGCAGCCUGCCCGGCCAGUGGAUGGAGCUUCAGAAGCGAUCGGAAUUGAUGAGGGUUCGAACCACCAACAGCUUCGUCUCAAAGUCGGAAAUUCAAGAGGUAAAGGAGCAAGCAAAGAAGAUCUUCCUCAUGAGUUCGGUUGGGCCUAGUUAACUCAGCUUCAUGCCGGACACGGGUGACGGACGAUGUUGGCCAUGGUGGAGGCGUUCCAGGGAUGAUCACUCUCACUACGAACACAUCGGGUUGGCUGUUAAGCGCAUUUCCUCGUGGCCACUUGGACACAGCUGGACCAUUUCAGCUUGGCUUUGGUGAUGGAGUAUGACAUGAAGACGCCCAAUUCUGGCAGCUUUGGUGGAUCUGGAGGCGAAGAUGAGGAUGCCCAUACUCUCUUUCCACAAGGUCAUCGAGCCCUUUUGAAGUGCUUCAAGAAUUUCAAGAGGAGCAAUUGUCUACCACUGAUUCUGAGUGCGCGUGCCAAGCAUGCCGAAGGUUCAUGGCAUUUCAAAGGCUAAGCGUAAGAAUCGCAUGGCUAGAGGAGAAGAAUGC